AUGGCCUUCAAGGAGAUCUUGGCCUCUUCCAUUGGCCUUUCCGUCUUGUCCCAGCGAUAUACACCACACUAUUCGCUCGGUCUCAUCUCCGGCGCUCUUGUAGCAUUUGUCCUGCAAUAUUUCACCUAUUUGGCCUACUACAUUGUCGUCUACCCACGCUUCUUCAGUGCAAUCCGCCAUCUGCCAUCUCCCAAGGGCGAUUUCUUUCUCGGCAACACGAAACAGGUCCUUGCUGAACCUUCCGGUCACCCACAACGAGAGUGGAUCGCCGACGUGCCAAACGAUGGCAUUCUCAGGUACUCGGUUUGGUUUCGAGGCCGGAUCCUCAUCACCUCACCUGCCGCACUCGGUGAGGUGCUGGUGACGCGCAACUACGACUUCAUCAAACCACCGCAGAUUCGAUUUGGCCUGGGCCGACUUCUCGGAAUUGGCGUGUUGUUGGCCGAAGGCGACGAACAUAAGAUCCAGCGCAAAAACCUCAUGCCCGCCUUUGCCUUCCGUCACAUCAAGGAGAUAUAUCCUAUCUUCUGGCGCAAGUCGCGCGAAUUGGUCGAGUGUGUGACCGAAUUCAAGAACGCCAAUCCGCUCGGAACGCCGCAUCCUUCGAGAACACCCAAAGACACUACUCCUGAGCAUGUGAAAGGAUCGAUCGAAUUGGGCGGAUGGUUCAGUCGGGCGACUCUAGACAUCAUCGGCGUGAGCGGCAUGGGCCAGGACUUCAAUUCACUCCGAAACCCGAACAACAAAUUGGCUCAGACGUAUCAGAUGGUCCUCAAUCCACCACGGUCUGCUCGCCUGCUUCAAAUUGCUGGAGCCUUUAUCUCUCCUCGUAUUCUGCGCCUGCUUCCACUGAAGCAAAAUGGUGUGAUAGAAGCCGCCUCAAAGUACAUUCGUGAGAUUUGUGGAGAGAUGAUCGUGAAGAAGCAUGAGAGAUUGCAGAAGAACCAGGCUGCCGAGAAAGAUAUUUUAUCUGUCGCCCUCCAAUCUGGCGGAUUUACCGAUGACCAGCUUGUUGACCAAAUGAUGACUUUUUUGGCCGCUGGUCACGAAACGACGGCUUCAAGCAUGCAAUGGGCGCUUUAUGUCCUUUGCAAGCACCCCGACGUGCAGAUGAAACUGCGAGAAGAGAUCCGCAAGUCAAUUCCGUCUCUGAGCCACGAAAUCACGUCUGAGGAGAUCGACGGCUGUCACUACCUGCAAGCUGUGUGUUCCGAGAUCCUGCGACUCUGGUCGCCUGUGCCACUCACUUUACGGAUCGCCAAUGUCGACACUAGAGUUGCUGGUCAUUUCAUCCCCAAGGGUACCACGGUCAUCUUGGCGCCUGCAGCGACCAACACCUCGAAGGAACUCUGGGGAGACGAUGCCAUGGAGUUCAAGCCUGAACGCUUCCUCAGCCCUGAUGGCAAAUCUAACAACCAGGGCGGUGCCACAUCGAACUAUGCAUUCUUGACUUUCUUACAUGGUCCACGUAGCUGCAUCGGACAAAAGUUCGCUCAGGCGGAGUUCGCAUGCCUUCUGGCUGCUUGGGUCGGGGCCUUCGAAACCUCAUUCGAGGAAGGCAGUCCACUUCAUCACAACGUCGAAGUCAAAGGCGGCAUCACGACAAAGCCUGCUGGGGGACUUUGGUGCGAUGUGAAACCGGUCCCGGGCUGGUAA